AUGACACUCAAUAUUAGAAUUGGCCCCGAUUCGGAAUCCUCUAUCUCCGAUGAAGAAGACUCUUCUGGAGUGCAGGUAUCCCCACCUUCUGAGUCCGAAAGCCAUGGAUACCAGGAGCAUUACGACGAAUGGGCGCGUCUUAGAUAUCCGGAUGAAUUGAAACCAUCGGAUUCCGCUUCUCGACCCACAACAUCACGCCGGAUGCGUGCUCGUAGUACAAUCCAUGGCUCCUCCUCUGCCGUCCGCCGUCACUCAACAAGACACCAUAUGGCGCAGGAACGGGACUCGUUUGCCAGGCAUUCGCGUCGAAAUCCUUCCCCAGAUUCCCCAGAGAGCGCUGACUCGGCUGAAGAAUAUGAUGCUCCAUAUGGGCGUGUGCCUCAGGAGCGUAGGUUUUGGUCAUCUGUGCCUCAAGGCACGGGUUACAGUCAUCAUUCAUCUCCGGGGCAAUCAUAUGCUUAUCCCAGCGGGAAUCCCAUGCCGCAUGGUGCAUUUAUACACCCUCAUGGUCUAACGACUACAUCGGACCAGCUGAUAAGACUUGGCCAUCAAGGACAGCAAACCUCCUACGGUCAUUCUAUGUAUGGGUACAAUUCGCAAUUCCCCGGUCCCCCGCUGCCCCCUUUUCUCUCCCAUGAACAUCAUCCAGGCCAUCAGCCGCAUCCGAUCGCCGCUGCUUCCCAUGGCCGGAACGAAGGGCUUGACCCAUCCCAGCAGCAAUUGUCUCACCAUAUGUCAGGACAUGGCCCACCUCCCUACGCCCCUCACGACAUGAUGAUCCCGUAUGGACCGAGAGGCUAUUAUCCUUUCGGGGAUCCUUACCGCGUGGUCCCUGGGACGAUCCCGCCCUAUUAUCAUCCAUAUCCCCGUGCACCAUCCCCUAGUCACGCUGAGCCUCCCGAAUCCCCUGUCCCUACAGCUGUUGAUGCAGCCAAAGACGAGGCGAUCGCUAGGCUAGAAAAACUGAUACUAGAGGAAAGGACUGAGCGCGAAGCCCGGGAGGCCCGGGAUGCUGCCAGACAGGCUGCUAUCGAACAGGAAGCCGCCGAGCAAGCUGCAAGGGAGGAGCGUGCUGCGCACGAGAAAAAAAUCGCCGAGAACGCUGCCUUCCAGGCAAGAGCCGAGGCCGAACAAAAAGCCGCGGAAGAAGCCGCAAAAGCUAAGAAAGAGGCUGAAGACGCGGCAGCUGCGGCAGUAGAGGCAGCUACAGCUGCGGCGACUGAGGCAGCGAAUGCGGCAGCCGCAGAAGCUCUCGCCGCUGCGACAGCAGCCGCUGCAAAUCCGGCACCUCCAGAGAAGAAGAAGCCUAUAAAAUUCAAGGACGCAGUGGGCAGAAAGUUCAGUUUCCCGUUCGACUUAUGCUGUACCUGGAAGGGCAUGGAGGAGCUUAUCCGCCAGGCGUUUCUUCAUAUCGAGGCAAUAGGUCCUCAUGUCGCUGAAGGACACUACGACCUGGUAGGCCCCAAUGGCGACAUAAUUCUACCUCAAGUAUGGGAGACUGUAAUUGAACCAGACUGGACCAUAACCAUGCAUAUGUGGCCUCUACCAGAGAAGUCAAAAGCCGCGGAGCCUCCACCAGCAGAUGUGCCAGUCGCAGAACCCUCAACUCCACCGGAAAAUCCACCAGUACCAGGUGACCAUACAGUCGCUGUCGACGAAGAUUCCAAGAAGAAACCCGACCAAGCAGGCCCCAAGAAACCACGACCGAAGGCUCCCGACCCUGGUGCCUUUGCAAUGUGGAUGGUCGGAGGCAACCGCUUAAGGCUGAACAAGGCUUUAAAAAUGGGAAAAAAGCCUAAGGCAGUCCAGCACGGCAUCUCUUGCCGUGUUAUGUGA